UUGAGCGCGGCCCAGCGCGGCGGCGGCGGCGGUAGCGGCAGCGGCAGCGGACUCGGCGGACUCCGGCCGCGGGCGGGCGCAGCUAGCCAAGAUGGUCGCCAAGCAGCGGAUCCGUAUGGCCAACGAGAAGCACAGCAAGAACAUCACCCAGCGCGGCAACGUCGCCAAGACGUCGAGGAACGCCCCCGAGGAGAAGGCGUCCGUGGGGCCCUGGUUGUUGGCGCUCUUCAUUUUUGUGGUCUGUGGCUCGGCAAUUUUCCAGAUUAUUCAGAGUAUCAGGAUGGGCAUGUGAAGUGACUGACCUUAAGAUGUUUUCAUUCUCCUGUGAAUUAUAACUUGAACUCAUUCCUGAUGUUUGAUACCCUGGUUUAAAAACAGUUCAGUAAAGCAUCCUGCCUCAGAAUGACUAUUCAUGUCAUCCUUCAUUUGUCAUUCCAAGGUUUCUUCACAAGUCAUUCCAAGUUUUCUAGUUCAUACCACAGUGCCUUGAGAAGCACCACAUGUAUAAAGCAAUAAAAUUGAUUGUUGAUCUACAGUCGUGGACCCGACUUAUUCAGUCAAGUAUAAAUUCUCGUUUUAUGUGAUUCUGAAAACUGUAUGCAGUAUAGAUACCUAGACUAAAUCUGUAUAGACUAAGGUCUUUGAUUUUUGUUUGCCCUUUAAUGUAUAAAUGCAAGUUAGUCUUAAUUUAAAAUUUGGAAACUGAUUUUUAUAUAGCAGCUAGGCACUUUAUUGCUGUCUUGUGAAUUGAAAGCACAUUCAUUAGGUAAACUUAGCAGUGCUGUAUUAUGGUGCUUAUAAAUGGAACACCUAGAUGUAGUUAGCCCAGUUUUCCCCUGCAGCCUUUGGCACCUGAAAAUGAAAAGGCUUUCACGAUGCUACUAUAGAGGGAGAUUCUUAGAUCCAGAACAUCUAUUUUAAUAAGAUUAUUACUUUGACACUACCUUGGAUUUCACAUGGUUAAAUAAAGUAACCCAAGAGGCCAUAAAAAAAACAACCUGAUGAAACAUUCUGUCACCUCCUUAGUUACUGCAGUUUCUUUGAGGUGAUGAUAUGGUAGAACCUGUCAACCAAUGGCUUAUAAGCAUGCUGUAAAUGUCACCCAAGUUGUUCACGUCAAGUAUUAAGGCUAUUCACCGCAGGUUAAGAUUUGCAAGUUAGCCCAUACUAGUUAAGCAGUUACUAUGGCAUGGCUUGGAAAAUAUGUAUUAUGAAAAUUCUACUGCUCAUUUAUCAGGUCGUGACAUGCUGUUGAGUCCAGCUGUGCCUUAGACCUCAUAGCAUGUUGAUAGCACUUUCAAUACCAAAAAAAGAAAAAAGGCACACCAACUAAAUUAAGAUCGACUUUAAGUCUACUUUUUUUAGACUUAAGAUUAGAAUUCCCCCAUGAAAAUACACGUAUGUAAAGUUGUAUUGACAUCUUGUUACAAAAUACAUUGGGCUUGAUCUUUAGGAUUCACCUGGAUGUUGGACCUGGAUGUUAGAGGUAUGAUACUUGACAUUAGAUUGCUAUCUGUUAACCUUUCCUGUUAUAUUGAGGAUGGGAGACGGAGCUAAAUUUUGAGUUUAAGAAACUUGGAAAAGACCCCAGCACUAAUGGCAUCCUCUCAUUGACUGUAGUUAUAGGCAACCAGUGGACGAAGCUUGGGUUGUGUAUUAAUACAAAUGGUAUACGUGGUAAAUAAGGAAGUGGCUUUUCCUGCUUCCUAGCCCCUCACUUUGAUAACAUCUGGACCAGACUAUAAUGAAGAACAACUCACAGGAUUCUCUUAACUAACUUCUAGUCUGUUUAGCCAGAGGCAGGUAAGGUGGAAAUGACAUUGGUAGUGAAGGUUUAACAGAGGUAAGUAAAUUACUCCUGCAUGUUUAAAAGAGUAGGAAAACUGCUGGUACUGGCAUUUAGCUGAGGUAGGUAGGGUUCUAUCUCCUUCAUUAGUUGUAUUUUUGCUACUUCACUUAGCAUAACCAGGUCCCUGUCUGCCAUUUGAAGAUAAAUGCAUUGGUUAACAGAUUCUACUAUACUAUAGAAAUGUAAAUUUUUGCUCUAAAUUUGAAGCAGGUGCCUUAAUUUUGUUUUGAGUCAAACCAUUCCAUUGCAAAUUUUUCCUUGCUUUAGUACAGUUGGCUUCAAAUAAGUAUUUUCUGUUUACAGUGUCUUAUUGACUAAAUUGACUGUUAAAUUGGUGUACAAAUUAAGUCAUUUCACAUCUGUAAAAAACUCCAUUCCCUUUGUAUUUACAUGUGUAAUUUAUCCACUUGAUGCAUUUUAUAUUAAGCAAUUUAUGCAUGUUUGGUUAAAUGAAAAUCUUGUGCUUUUUGAUUGGCUUGCCCCCAUUAAAAAUAAAAAUGCCCUCAACAUUUGAUGCUUUUGUUAAAGGAAAUAACACAACCUUGUUUAAAUGUCUAGUUAUUAGAUGAUAAAAUGCUUUGUAUUAUGCUGUUUAGGUUAAAAGAUACGUUAACUGCUGAGACUUUGCAGUCUUUGAAAUAGAUGUAAGGAAUAAGUUGGAAAGUGCAUAGUGAUACAUGUACAGUAUUGCUUUUAAAAUUGUUUAAAUGCUUUUCCCAUGUAGGACGUGUUCCUCUUUCACUGUUUUGUCUUCCUCUAUGGAAAACAUACCUUCCCUCCUGUUCUCCAUUCUUCUCUCCCACUGAAUUCUGUAUUCUAUCUAAAAAUGUCAGUCAACAAUACAGAAUUAAAUAGUUUAUGAGAUUAUUGACAUCUCAUUUUCUAAUUUUUAGUUGUAAUAAAUUCAAGGGGAUAACCACGUUAUUUCAUUGUAUGCACUUGGUUGUAUAUAAUACACCUCAAAAUAAAGUGGUUGUUGAGUAGGUUUGGAAA